UUUUCUUUCUCGUGUCCCUGCUAGGUGCUGGCCCAGGUAAAAAUCGGAUUGCUUACGACUCUGGUGUCCGCUCUACCUUUUCCUCGCCACCUUCGACCACGAUGUCACCACAUGCACAGCGACAACAGGCACAAAUCGCAGCAACGAUCAUCACUAAAGCGAAAGCUUGCGUGGCACCAGCCAAGAAGUCC